UCUCUGGUGUACUCGUACAUGUGGGAAGUUUCCAUUCAUUCCGUUGGACACGGAAUUGACGAGGAAUUAUUUCCCUUUGGAGUGCGUGCUGGAGAGUUCUUCUAGAAAUGCUAGUAUCUUGAGGAGACUUUGUGAGUGUAAUUUUUCAUCCACCGCGCCAUGAUUGUGUUUUGAUACGCACACUUGUUUGGUCGUAGUUUGAGAAUAUUUUCAAGGUCAAGCACCUCAUAACAAAAUUGUCCAGUAAAAAUUAAUAGUAUUGCAAAACGAGCGCAGCUGGGCGGCACUCACCUGGUCCUUGAGCUGCACUGAAGUGGGCGCGCCCGUGGUUGGUCCGAGGCAUAUCUUCUUUAUUGUUUCAGUAUUCCACACGAUGGCGUCUUGAUUGGCUUGGCAUGUGUGUGCCUGUAUUCACAGCCAGACUCUACUAGCUUUGUGUCUACUUAGUAUGAGCUUCAAUGUGAGGGACCGGAAGGAAAUAGGCACCAAGCACGGCCAACAAAAACAACACACUGGGUACAGCAGUGGGACUGCGUACACCCUCGGGCAGCAGCAGCCGCAGCAACAGCAGACACAAGAGGGCAGUCGGCAAGUGUACGACCACGGCUGGACAGAUUAUGGUCCAAGGCACGGCAGCAGUGCGGAACUGGGGAAACAGUCCAUAGGUGAUGGAACACAACCCUCUGUCUCUCUGAACACGCCCAGCACUAACGGCACAUUGGCAACUUGCACUACAUCUAGUACCAGUACCAUACCCAGCCUGCUGAGUGGCAAUAUCUACAAUUCCCUUCGAGAAGCACUGCAGCGCGUAGAGGACUUCAAAAAGAGGCAAGGUGUUGUUGGCGCGACAAGCAACAUGCCAACCGCCAGCAGAACUAUGUCGUCGUUGGAUUAUGCUCACGGCUCUGCUGCCACUGGUAACAGUGGUCCGCCGACGACAAUGUCUUCGGGAAGACAUGCUGUAUACGACUGGGGCCACAGAGCUCCCGUGGCUAAUCAUCAACAUCGGCAAGAAGUACGCCAUGAGCAGCACCAUCCUCACCAGCAUGCCGCCUGGCCACAACCCACUGACAGGCAGAGACAGGAGCACGUGAAUACUCAGCUCAACUCGUUUCGAUACCCACCAGCACUAGCAGGCCCCCGCUUUGGUAGUAUUAUGCAGAGAAGCUCCUUCAGUUCUGUUGCUGCUUCUUCUGGUGGCGGCGGCGGCGCACCACCAUCAGCAGCAGCAGCAGCUGCACCGGUAGUGGCCGCAGUAGCAUCGAGAAAUGAACAUUAUAUGCCUGGAGAGCAUGCGCAAGGUCCGUCUCGAGGACACUCAAGGGAAAAUUCUCGUGAUCAUUCCCGAGGAUAUUCUCGCGAGCAUUCUCGUGAGCGUUCCCUUGGUCGUUCUCGUGAUUAUUCUCGCGAGCCUUCUUUUGAUCGUUUGCAAACCCGUUCCAGAGACUACCCAAGCCACGACCGAUCGAGAAAUGAUCACCGCUCCCCAUUGAUGGCACCUCGCCACCAUUCUCCAGGGCUGGCGCAUCGCCAUGGUGACAGAGCGUAUCCACUUCCCACGUCUCCUGUGUCGGAAACGCCGCCGCCGUCGACGCGGCCGUUCGAGUUUUCACAUUCGCACAACCCCACCCCUGCACCGUCUUUCUCGCCCAAUCGCUCACCUAGAGGCAGUGGCUCGAGUCCGCUCUACCGUGGCCAGCAGGCGAGUAGUGCACCGUCGACACCCGGUUUGCUGGAUGAACGCAGCCCGGGUAGGGCUAAGCGCGAUAGCGCCGUCAGCACUAGCAAAACGCCUGGUCAUCAUCAACAUCCUCAACACAAUCAUCAGCGCCAUCAUUACACUGAUCAUGCCAGCUCAGCGCCACCCUCGCUGCUGCUGGAAGAACGGACGUCUCGACGCGCUGUCAUGUCUCCUGCUGCAGGUUUGCCGGACGCUCACCAGCCCGUCCCAGAUUUUAACUUGUCGUUUGAAGCAGAAGCAGCACAACCGCCUCCAAUGACUAACACACAGAAACGGCGACAAAAGAAAAGGAGAAAAGCCCAAGAAGCAACAGCAGCGGCUGCUGCUGCUGCGGCAGCCAAGGCUGCAAAUCAGAACAGUACUACGCCAGCAUUCAGCAGUGCCCCGCAGGCUGGUAAAAGAACUGUAACGGCCACUGGCGUUACUUCGAGCUCCUCACCAGCUGAAGGACAACGCACCGUGACGUCGACGGGGUCCUCACUCAUCAUGUCGGCUGGUCCACGUCCGUCGUCAUCUGGAGCAGCGGAGGGUCAAGAAGGUGAGAGCGGUAGUGCGUCUCGAAAACGACCGCAUUCCUCCUUGCGCGUCACAACGGCGAGCGGUGGGCAGGUUACUCUGGCACCUCCGUCUCCAUCUUUAUCGAUGAGUUCUUCAGCGGUAUCUUCAGCCAUGUCUUCAGCGUCGUCACCAGAGUGGUCACCAUCUGGUUCACAGUCGGAGUCAUCGGAGUCACCAACGUCACCUGCGCCUCACUCACCACCUGCCAAGCGUACCCGUCGUGCUGCUGCCACUGCCGCCGCCGCUGCCAUUCAAGCUACUUCGUCUGGAAGACGAACUGCUCCCAGUGCUACGGCUAAAUCUACGACGAAAUCCACGGCGAAAUCCAGCGCUGCUGCUGCUUCUGCUGCUGCUCCUGUUCCUGCGCCUGUUAGUUCUUCAGCUGCUCCUGUUCCUGCAUCCGCAUCUGUUAGUUCUUCAGCUGCCACCAGUGUAAGUACGGCUGCGGUGACUUCUACCAGCUCUGCUCGUGUUGCUACGCGUAGCUCUGCAUCGGCUUCAUCUGCUGCGGCCGCCGCCAAUAGUGUUGCUACUGCUGCCACGAAGGGUGUUGCUGCUGCUUCUGCUGCUGCUGGCGUGAGCUCGGUUUCUGGUGCUGACGGCGCAGCAGCCACUACCGAGGCCAAGAGCACUGCGGCAUCGGGCGAGAGUCAGACGUCUUCUAGUGCUGGUGGUGAUAUUGUUAUCAACAUCCUAGGGUUUGAUGAGGAUGAGAUUUGUAUUAUCGAGAAGCCGCCUGACAAACCACUAGUGUUGGAACUCCUGGACGACGAGGAAGAAGGCGAGCCGGGCGCUUUUGUGGCCGGCGAUGAAAAGUGGACGGAGAAUUUGAUCUCUGACGAUUUUAGUCGCCAGGUGAUCACGUACUGGCAUGCAACACGUCAGCGGACGGAUGUCAUGACACGCAAACUGGACCUUCGUGCAGGUCUGCUUCACAUCAUCCAUGAGUCCUAUCCAGGCGCUAGUCUGCACUUAGUUGGCUCGUCCCAGAAUGGCUUUGACAGGAUUUCAAGCGACGUUGACCUUUGCCUCCUGAUGCGCAACCAUUCUAUGGAGCGGGGAGACUGGUCAAAGACAAAGCAGAUGAAAGGUCAGGCUCUUCUCAUACUCAAGAAAGUACAGAAACUUUUCGCGAGAAACCAAUGGUUUACUCAUCUUGAGGUUAUUCCUGCAAGGGUACCCAUUCUGCGUUUCUAUGACAGCUACGGGCGUUUUGAAGUAGAUCUCAACGUAGGAAACCAUGUUGGCAUUCAGAAUACGCAUCUGUUACGCGUAUAUGCCGCAGCUGACCCCCGUGUGUCUAUCCUCGGCGUAUUGCUGAAGCAGUGGGCUAAGAAACACAACAUCAACAAUGCGGCGGAUGGCACACUCUCCAGCUAUGCGUUAAUUAUGAUGUUAGUCCGGUACCUGCAAGCAUGCAAGCCUCCCGUCGUCCCGUGCAUCCACAGAGACUUCCCGAAAGUGUGCGACAAGCUGUUUGGCCCGCUGUCGGAUGUGAAUCAGCUAACGGUGAAAGAUUGCACGCAGUUGUUUGAAUUCAAGCCGAGCGCCAAUCGCCAAUCUCUCGGAGACCUUUUACGUGGAUUCUUCUUCUUCAUGUCGGAUUACAACUUCCGCAGAAACUACAUGUCCGUAAAGCAAGCGAAAGACCUUUCACGUGAAGAGGGCUCUCGUUUUGACACGGGAUCUCUCAUAUGUAUUGAAGAUCCUCUGGAUGGCGGCAAUGUUUCAAGAGCUGUGAACCAGAAACAAAACAUGAAACUUAUCCGCGGCGCAUUCAUUCGCGCAUCAGAGACACUACGUCACUCUCCUAAUUUGUCAGCCAUCGGCCUAUCGGUUGAGAACAGUGGAGCCCCUCAGAGUUUGAUGAAUUUCAAUGGCGGUCCCCAGAAUCGACGCUGACACUGAGUGUUGUCAAGGUUACAUUGUACGUCAUAUUCUGUUGGCAACGUUGUGUGUAUCUUCGUUUCUAUUGACCGGAGUCUAUGUCUUGUUUGUUGAUUGUACGGGCACUGCAUUAUCUCCAGAACUCGAAGCGGUUUUCCUGUUGCGUGUGCUUGAUUUGCUUUUCCUUUGCUUUCCAUUUUGUUCUGUUCAUUUACCUCUGCUUGAAUUAGACACAAUUCUGCUUGAAGUAGAGUGGAUUAUAAUUAUCAUCAUGCCAGGGUGCUCAUCGCUUUAUUCCGUAUCCGUGUGUAUGUGUGUGCGUGCGUGUGUGUGUGUGCACGUGUGUCUGUGCGCGUGCAUGCGGGCACAUUGAUUGCUUUUUGGAAAUACUUCAUCCUGUGGCAGUGCUCCUUAGUACAGGUAGCAGCUCUAUUGAGUAGUAACCCGUCGUACCAGUACCACUGAUGAUUAGCUCAAUGACGAUGUAAUACUGAAGUGCUUCAUUGUUGUUUUAUCCCCCAAUGUGUAACAUGUACCCGGACGCUUGCCUGCUGCUCCUGUCUGUAUCUGCAUCUACCAAAGUCUACUUUUUCUCUCACGAAAUACACGCACGCAUACACACAUCAUGGUGUCUGGUGUGUUCUGUUCUUCAUCCGCCUCCCUCACCCCGUCGUCCUCUUUUCUUUCCGUCUUAUAUUAAGUUGUAGUGCUGCUGCUAUACUCCGCCGCUAAGUUUGAAGCUGGAAGCACGCUCCA